AUGUUGUUCAUCAAGGCCAUCGCCCUCACUGGACUCGCCGUGAGCCAGGUUUCAGCUCAUGGUCUGAUCACCCGUGUCAAAGGCCACAAUGGCAUUGACAUGCCUGGACUGACCAUUCAGGAUGGAAUCCCCCGAGAUUGCCCAUCGGGUGCAUGUGGCGCCCAGAAAGACACGGCCAUCAUCCGAGAUGCUGAGUUCGGAAGUGUCAAGGCUUCUCCUUUGGGUCGUACUCUUGGUGCUGGUCCCGUGAACCCGGCCAUUGUUAUCAACAACUUCAUGGGUGCUGGGACGCAUAAGCGCUCGCGCGUUCCCGCUAGUCAUAGACGUGUCCAAUCCACAAUCGACGAUGCAAUGGCUAUCCUCCCCGGAACCGAGUCCGGCGCAGUAACUGGAAAAGGUGUCAAGGAGAACGGUAUGCAACUGUAUGCCGGGAAAGGCGCGAACAUCGGCCUUCCUACUGCUUCUCCGGACGGCGUAGUUACGAUGAUCUACCACCAGGUUAACCAGGACGGCGCGGGUCCGCUUUCUGCUGAAAUCGACCCCUCCAGUGGAGGUACUGAUCCAAAGGCCUUCAAGAGCGCCCGGGUCAUCCAGAACAUCCCUGGCGUUGCGGGAUUCUCUACCUCUAGCGCAAUGGACUAUGCUGUAAAGGUCCAGGUCCCUCAGGGAAUGAAGUGCACUGGAACCGUUGGGGCAGCUAAGAAUGUCUGCAUUGUGCGGGUUCGCAACAAUGCUAUUUCCGGUCCAUUCGGAGGCUCCGGUGCUUUUACGCAGUAG